AUGUGGGAUCAGGGUGGACAACCCUGGCCGCAAUGGCCUUUGAGUCAACAGCAGUGGAUGCAGUCGUUUCAGCACCAGCAAGACCCAGGCCAGGUAGACUGGGCAGCUCUAGCACAAGCCUGGAUCGCACAGAAAGAGUCAAGUGGAACCUCCGGUGAUCAGCCGGGGCUCCAAACUAACGGUCAGGACAUACCGGGCCUAGAGCCCGCCGCACACAAUAACCACGGCGCCUUCGCCGGCGACCCGAAUUAUGGCCGAAUGUGGCAGCCUGAGUGGGGCGUGCACGGCCAACCCCCUCCUCCACCCCCAGAGCAGGCGUGGUUGCCCCCGGGGACAGGGCCCAUGGAUGUGGUGACCCCGUCCGAGGACAGCAACAGCCAGGACAGCCUGGAGUUCGCAUCGGAGCCCCAUCACGGAGUUUUUCCUCAGAACAGUCACGGCUUCGGGGCUCAGCCCGAAAACUACCCCAUGGGCUCCAUGCCUGUCAAUCAGUUUGACUAUCAGCACGGGGCAGCCCCAUACGGACCCCCGGCCACAGGAUUCCAUCCCCCCUACUGGCCCCAGGGGCCCCCCCAGAACAGACGGGACCGGAUGCCGGGUUUCCGAGGCGACCGUCCGAGGUCUCCCAGCCAGCUGGCGGUGAAGCAGGAACCCCCUACUCUUGACGCUGUGAAGCGGCGGACUUUGCCGGCGUGGAUCCGCGAGGGCCUGGAGAAGAUGGACCGGGAGAAACAGAAGAAGCUGGAGAAAGAACGGAUGGAGAGGCAGCGAGCGGAAAUGGCUAAUGAUGAGAAUAGAGAGGGCGAUAUGGUUGAGGCGGAAGGUGAUGGGCCUCGGUUGCCGCGCAAGAGCAAAUUUGACAGCGACGAGGAGGACGGGGAGGACGGCGAGGAGGACGGGGCGAGGAAGUCGGAGUUCGCGGGCAGGAGCCCGUCCCCUGCCAAUGACGGGGAGAGCGAGCCGGAGAUGACGGAGGAGGAGAAAGAGUUCCAGCUGAUGAUGCUGACCAAAACGCUACUCACUGAAGUUCUGCUCGAGGUUACAAAUGAAGAAAUUUACCAAGUGGCUAAAGAGACACAUCGCAAAGCCACUAAAGCUCCUGCCAAACAGCUGGCACAGUCAAGUGCACUGGCUUCUCUCACGGGCCUCGGGGGGCUGGGUGAGUACGGGUCAGACGAGAGCGAGGACGAGGAACGGAGCGGGCGGGGCUCGGAGUCCUCCGACACCGACGACGAGGAACUCAGGCACCGCAUCCGACAGAAACAGGACGCUUUCCGCCGCAAAGAGAGGGAGAUGCAGCUCCAGCAGGAGAGACUUGCCCUUGACUCCCUCAAUGCCUAUGACGACGGCGCGUCGGAGCGAGCGAACAGGGAGAGGGGCAGUUAUGAGGAGGAGCAGGCAGAACCCAAACAUAAACAGGAAGUGAGAGAGAGAGAGGCAGAGCCUACCGUAGAGAGACGCAGGUCCCGUAGCGAAGCAGAGGUCAGUGAGGUUAAGCGGACAGGGUUAGGGAAGGAGCGCGCGGGACGAGGCAGCGGUAGCGCCACCCCCAGCGAGCGUCCCAGCUCCCGCUCCAGCUCCAGCUCCUCCAGCAGCCGCUCCUCGUCCUCCUCCUCUUCCUCGGCCUCCUCUCGCAGCUCCUCCCGCUCUUCCUCGCCGCGGAGGAAGAGGAGGCGCAGCCGCUCCACCUCCCGCAGGCGCAGCCGCAGCCGGAGCCGCAGCCCCCGCAGACGCCACGGCGAGCGGGACAAGGGUAGAGAGAGGAGGCGCAGCAGUCGGGCCCGCAGCUCUGAGCGCGCCGGCCGCCACAGGAAACGCAGCCGCUCCCGGCAACGCCCGUCCAGCAGGGGGCGCAAGAGCAGGUCCAAGGAUCGGGCCAAAGGCAGCCGCAGUCGCAGCCGCGACAGGCGCCACAGCCGAGAACGCAAACGUAGCCGUAGCAACAGCCGCAGCAGGCGGAAACAGAGAGCGCCCAGCAAAGACAGGGAGAGGAGGAAAGACAGGAGCCGCAGCCACGAGAGAGACAAGAAGAAGAAGGAAAAGGAGUCAGAUAGGAAGAAAGACAAACAGAGAGUGAAAGAGAAAGAGAAGGGCAAGGAGAAAGAGAGAGAAGUUAGCUCCGUUCCCGAGGAGGAGAGCAAUGGCAAAUCUAAAAGGAGGAGAGAGAGCGAGCACACAGACUCCCAUACGGAAAAGCUCUCCCGACAGGAUAGCAGGUCUAGCAAGAAAGGCUCUACCAAAUCUAGCAAGAGAUACUCGGACUCCGAGUCCAGCAGGAGCAGGUCCCCUUCCCCCGAGCUUAGCAAAGAAAAGAAAUCUAAAAAAUCCAAACGUAGUCGCUCAAGGUCAACGGAAAAAUCUCACAAGUCUGGUAAGAAGGCAAGCCGCAAACACAAGUCUAAGUCACGAUCAAGGUCCAACUCUCCCAGUCGCCGUUGGCGCUGAGGAGUUUUCUGCUGCAAAUCUGUGCUCUUCUUUUAAAUUCCAUGAGUUUGACAGGCUUGUCUCAUUAUCGAGGCAACGUUGUAGGUGACCUCUGAACUCCCCCCAAAUCCCAAAAACCUACUCCCCCCUUACUCCUUUCUAUCCCAACCCAGCUUCCUUUGUCCUCCCUUUGUAAAUAUGUGAUCUUUUUAAAAGUGCUGUCUACAAUACAGGAUAUUUUUGAAUGCUAGUAUUUUUGUCCAUGUAGUACGCAGGACUUAAGGGUUCAGUAGUCUCUAGAAUCUUUAACGUUGUAACGUUUUAAAAUCACAACAGGAAGAAAAGAACUCACUCUUCAUGUAAAUUGUCCAAAUAAAACAA